UGCUAAAGUUCUGCCUUCAGAUUCGUUUAGACUUGAAGACUUUAAAUCACAUUUGCAGCGGAAUAAAAAAGUAACCCCUCGUGCAGCCCUCACGCCCAGCAGGUGCUGCCUGACUUCCUUUGUCCACCCUCCCCUCACCUUCCCCCCGGGGACAGAUGGUAUCUCUCGGUUGCUAUGGAGAGGGAUGCAGACAGAGAGAUAAAGCAUGGAGGUAUCUCCAGAUGCCACGCGCCUCAAGUGAGGACCGGCUUUACGCAUGCAAAGCAGCGGCGCGUGCCAUUGCCUAAUCUACAAAAAACAGUUCAUGCAGUGAAAUUGGUCAUGAGUUAUAAAAGUCAGUGUGACAUCCAGCACAAUUACACUGGUGGGUAUAUUAGCAUCAUAACGCUUCAAACAACACCAAAUUGCAGCUUAAGCAUGUUUUAUUGAAUUUUCCAAACUUUAUUAUAUAUAGUGUUCAUACUGUUAUGACGCAGGAUCAAACAUUAUGUAACUUAAGAGGCAUUUGAAGGAAGUUUUAGCUCUUUAUCUACAAACCAUGUGUUAUUUGCUUACAAAUGCAUGCCACAGAUUUGCAUGUUCAAAUGUAUUUUUCUCACUGUUACUGGUGGCCUUUGAUUUCCAUGGCAGUAUAGAAACAUCCAGAGAAACAUGAAAAUUGGAUUGUCAGAAAGUCAAACCAGGUUUGAACAUGUUUGAGAUCAACAUAAGACUUCAUUUGACAAACCUUAACCCAAUGAGGUGAGAACAGUCACAGCACAAUGUUGAAUCAGACUUUUAUUUUUCAGGUUUUCAUCAUACAGACAAAACACAUAUGCAGUGAUUUUUUCUAACAUAAAACAUAAAAACAAAAGCUUUAGUGUUACGUUUCUGUUUCGUUCUUGUCUUUCCAUAUUGUUCCAUUUAUUUCCAUACAACAGGAAAAUCAAUUAGCAGACUUUUGAAACUUGCUUUAAUUGUGUAAUCCAUGUAAUCCAGUAUGUAUUCGUUUUUGUCAAAGUUGCAUUACAUUAUCAUUGCAUAAUGCAGUUUAAAACAGUUCAAACCUCAAUAAUUUGACUCUGACAAAAAUGAAUGAAGACUUUAUUUAUAGAAUUUUGAAUCUAUAUUUUGGACUCUAGGCAGCCAUUACUUUCACUAUGUUUUCAGUACGGUAUGAAAAUCAGUUAACAGACUCUUGAAACGUGGGGGUUUUGCAUGUUCACAUCUUCAAUACAUUGAACUUAUACUGUUGUGUUGUUGACUUUUGGAUGUGUCUGUUUACAUUCCAGGCAGGCAUCAUUUUUGCAUGGUAUGAAAAUCCCUUACACUUGAAACUUUCUUGAGUUGUAUAAUCCAUCAUAGUGAACAUCAGGUGUGCAAUAUUUUUUGUCAAGUUACAUUUUUGUUACAGGUUAAAUCAGUUCAGACUUAUCAAAUCAAUCCUCACUGUAUACGCUCAAAAAACCUAAAAACUUAAAAAGCUUGAAAUGGAAAUUAAACUGCAUUACCAUGCAAUGAUGAUGAAUGAAGCAAGUUUCAAGAGUCUAUUAAUACAUUUUCAUAACAUGCAGAAAUGAAUGAAAAUCAAUGGCUGCCUGAAAUGUCUGCAAUUACAUUCAAAAAUCUACAACACAAUAUCAUAAACUGCCAAAUGCACUGAAGAUGUGACUAUGACAAACCCUUGUAUCGUCCUCUAUCAGUAUGAAUGGGAGUUAUUGUUUGAUUCUACAUCUUCCAGAACUUGGAGGACUUUGACAACAGCAGUCUGAUCCUCCUGUGUGGUUUCAUUAUUCCUGUAAGCUGAAAGAAUCAUUUAAAGGUCAGAGAGUUUCUACAUCUGAUCCUUUCAACCAAAGCUGCCCCCAACUUUCCUUCUAAGACUUUUCUAUAGGCACGCGUCCCUAAGGGUGGGGUUGGGGGCUGCAGGCCUGUUGUAGCCAUUGUGCUUCAAACAGCCAAUCAGAGGGUGAGCGUGUGCCGGGUCUGUAGUAUAAAUGCUGGCAGAUUCUUGGAGGCAGCACAAACACUCUUCUCUGGAGUUUCUGACCACAUCAGCUGAACUGUAAGAUAAAACUUCACCAUGCAGUCUCCUGGAAAAUCUCUGAAGGAAGCUCUGCUCUGUGCUCAGAGCGAGGAUCGACUCACUGUUGGAGUCUAUGAGAGUGCCAAAAUCAUGACUGAUGACCCGGACAGCGUGUCUUUCUGCGUCCUGGCCAUGGAUGAGGAGUUUGAGUGUGAUAUCGCUCUCCAGAUCCAUUUCACGCUCAUCCAGUCCUUCUGCUUCGACAACGACAUCAGCAUCGUCAGAGUGAGCGACAUGCAGCGUCUGGCUGAGAUUGUUGGCGACAAGGCGGAGCAGCUUGAAGAUGCUCACUGCGUCCUCAUCACGAACCCAGCUGAAGGUUCUUGGGAGGACCCCACUCUGGAGAAACUGCACCUGUUCUGUGAGGAGAGCCGCCGUCUGAACGACUGGGUUCCUGAGAUCAGCCUGCCCGGGCGUUGAUCUGGGACUUGGCUCCUCUCUUGAACAGAUGCUGUGAAGCUCUUACCUGGAAAUACUCAUCCUGAUGAACAGGAUGACCCUGUUUCUUCUCAUCCCUGGAUACUCCUGAGGAGGAUUCCCGUCCAGGCAGCACGGCGCCGGCCCGAGGGGCCCCCGUGAACCGUCGCCUCUUGUCCAGUCCAUGCCAAGAUGACUCUCAUUCUUUAUGUGAAUGAGGUCAGGUAUGCCACAAGAGCGACACAUCGACCCUCAUUCUUUGUGCGGAUGAGGUUUGGAGAGGAAGGAGAUGCGAGUUCUGCGUCCUGUGGUUCCACAGAGCAAACGUCGCACGUUGAAGCACGCGCAGCAGGAGAAGAAGCGGUGCUGAGAAAGAGGCCUUCUUAAAAAGGGACUUUUUAAAAGUGUCCUCUUUGCUGAGCAACAUGACAACAGUUGCAAUCAGCGGAAAUGUUUCCCACUUUCCAGAAUUGUCUUAAUUCUCUAAAGGUUUCACUUUAGAAAUUUAACAAUGACAAAAAUAUUCUAAAACAUUUAAAAAAAAACUUUGAAAAAAUGUCUAUUCUCUAAAGGUUUCACUUUAGAAUAUGACUAAAUUAAGUUAAAAUAUUGGAGAAAAACUAAAAUUGAAUAGUUUUCCUAUAUAUUUUAGAUAUAACAUUGACCGAAAAUACAAAAAGUGUUAGAAUAAAAAACAAACAAUUGUAUGAAUCUGAUGUUGAAUCUUGAAAUGUGAAAAAUAUGGAAAAAUACAUAAAACUGAAAAUGUAGUACUUCCUGAAGGUUUCACUUCAGUUUUAUUAUAUAUAUGUCAAGUGAAAUAACUUCUUUUCUAUUUUGUAUGACG